ACAAAACGUUGGUGGACACUGGGUUUAAAGGUUAAAACGAUAAAACGCUGUCCUCUUCCUCACUUCGUAGUUCUUUCACUCACUCAAAACCCGCGAAAAACCCAUGUUACUCUUCGAAUCAAAACCAGAGGCAAAAGCAGUAACAAAUUUUCGAGAUUCCAACAAUUCGCCAAUACCAUAUGGAUCGAAUCCAAGCAACAAACGAACUCGCUUUCCGGGUCGGCUUCUCCGGCUACAGUGGCCAUCUCAGAGUCGAGCCUCUGUCCACCGUAGAGCGCCCCAAUCCCGUCAAGUCGCUUCCUGAUUUUAUCCUUCCCCCUGCCUUCCCUAGGGAGACAUAUGAAUCAAUAAAGGAGCACAUAGAAGAGGAAUAUCUAUUUCCAAGGUUAGAUACUGAUGAAUUUUCAGCAGAAAAAGCUGGAAGGCAGUGGGAUUUUGACUGGUUUGAGAGGGCAAAAGUUCUACAGGAGCCUUCAUUGCCACGAUCCAUUGUGGUUCCAACAUGGGAGUUACCUUUUAGAAGAAAAAAAUCAGGAUCAGAACAAGGAAUAUGGGAACCAAAUUCAGUACAGGUGGAUGUCUCAGAAUUAACUGUUGGAGCUCAAGAUUCUAGUCCUUUGCCACGGAUUGUUGGACCUGCAAAGGACUUUGUGAGAGGGAGCAUUAACAACCGCCCUUUUCAUCCAGGAGGUUUAGAUAAUUCUCAAUCUCUGGAGAGAGUUCUACCUGCUGGUGCUACUAAUGGUGAAUGGGUGCAUGAACUGCUGAAUGGUGGCCCAGCUCAAUCCAUUCCUCCAAGCCUUAAGAGAGGAUUAGAUCUUGGAGAUCUUAAGGUGUACCCUAGCGCAUGGAAUGUUUACAAGGAUCAAAGUCCAAUUAGUACCACACCAGAGGAAAAGUUGAAUGAGUUGUCGAUACAGUUUGAUGACUUGUUCAAGAAGGCCUGGGAGGAGGAUAUUGUUCCAGAAUAUGUGGGAGAUGGUCAUUUAUCAGAAGAGGAGUCUCCAGAAUUCGAUGCUGAUGUCAGCAAGGUUAAUGUGCCUGGAAAUGUGUCCGAGACUGAAUCGUCUGUGUUGGAUGAGAUUUUGUCUGCUGAAUCAGGUGCAUUGACAUCAAAAUCUAAUGGAACUAGUGAAGGUGGUGGCCACAAGCCGAAAGAGGCCUGGGCUCUUAGUGGCAAUAAUGAAUGGAUUGCAGAGCGCUUCCAUGAACUAGUCCCUGAUAUGGCACUUAAUUUUUCUUUUGAACUGGAUUCAUUCCAAAAAGAGGCUAUAUAUUAUUUGGAAAAGGGAGACUCUGUUUUUGUGGCAGCUCAUACCUCAGCUGGAAAGACAGUUGUGGCAGAAUAUGCUUUUGCUUUAGCAUCAAAACACUGUACUAGAGCUGUCUAUACUGCUCCCAUUAAAACAAUCAGCAACCAGAAGUAUCGGGAUUUUUGUGGGAAAUUCGAUGUUGGCCUUCUCACUGGAGAUGUUAGCUUGAGGCCAGAGGCUUCUUGUCUCAUCAUGACCACUGAAAUAUUGAGGUCAAUGCUUUACCGAGGUGCUGAUAUUAUAAGAGACAUUGAAUGGGUCAUAUUUGAUGAAGUUCAUUAUGUCAAUGAUGCUGAAAGAGGUGUUGUUUGGGAAGAAGUUAUUAUCAUGCUUCCAAGGCAUAUAAAUAUUAUCCUCCUCUCAGCCACGGUACCGAACACAGUUGAAUUUGCAGACUGGAUUGGUCGGACAAAACAAAAGAAAAUCCAAGUUACUGGAACUACAAGAAGGCCCGUCCCCUUGGAGCAUUGUCUCUUUUUUUCUGGAGAACUUUACAAAAUAUGUGAGAAUGAAACUUUUAUACCUCAGGGUUUGAAAGCUGCCAAGGAUGCACACAAGAAAAAGAAUACAAGUGCAGUUGGUAUUGGAUCUGCAGCAAUGCGGGAGGGGGCUCAGGGUCAAAAGCGUGAAUUUUCUAAUCGUAACAAACAGAAUAAGCAUUCUGGUCCACAAAAUUUUGGGAGUGGGGGGAAUCAACAAAGUGCAAGUGGUCAAAAUAACUGGGGGUCAAGGAGGUCAGAGGCAUCACUAUUGUUGCAGCUUGUCAACAGACUAUCAAAGAAAUCUCUAUUACCUGUAGUUAUAUUUUGUUUCUCAAAGAAUCGGUGUGAUAAAUCAGCAGAUAGUAUGUCUGGAACUGACCUCACUAGCAAAUCUGAGAAGAGUGAGAUCCGAGUUUUCUGUGAUAAAGCAUUUUCACGAUUAAAGGGAUCUGACCGGAAUUUACCACAGAUUGUCAGAGUUCAGAGCCUUCUUCGUAGAGGAAUUGGCGUACAUCACGCAGGACUUCUUCCAAUUGUUAAGGAAGUGGUUGAGAUGCUUUUUUGCCGUGGAGUCAUUAAGGUACUCUUUUCAACAGAGACAUUUGCCAUGGGUGUCAAUGCCCCUGCUAGGACGGUUGUAUUUGAUACUUUAAGGAAGUUUGAUGGCAAGGAAUUUAGACAAUUACUUCCUGGGGAAUAUACUCAAAUGGCAGGUCGUGCUGGCAGAAGAGGACUUGACAAAAUUGGUACAGUUGUCGUGAUGUGCCGUGAUGAGAUACCUGAAGAGAGCGAUUUGAGACUUGUUAUAGUUGGAAGUGCUACGAGGCUUGAAUCUCAAUUUCGAUUGACUUAUAUUAUGAUCUUACAUCUCCUCCGUGUAGAGGAACUGAAGGUGGAGGACAUGUUGAAAAGAAGUUUUGCUGAGUUUCAUGCUCAAAAGAAACUUCCUGAAACACAGCAAAUUCUAAGGCGAAAGCUUGCUCAGCCUACCAAAGCUAUUGAAUGUAUUAAAGGCGAACCAGCAAUUGAAGAGUACUACGACAUGUACUUGGAAGCCGAGGAAUAUGGGAAUCAGAUAUCAGAAGCAGUUAUGCAGUCCCCUGCUGCCCAACACUUCCUUACUCCUGGAAGAGUGGUGGUUGUGAAGUCACACUCAGCACAAGACCACUUGCUUGGAGUAGUUGUGAAAGGACCUUCUGCCACUAUGAAGCAAUACAUAGUUUUAUUUCUCAAACCUGACUUGCCAUCAUCAAUGCCAGUCUCUGAGCUGCAAGAUAAGAAGAGUGGUGAUAGCCCACAAGCUUAUUUGCUUAUGCCAAAAUCGAAGCGUGGUGGAGAAGAGUACUUCUAUUCUGCUGCUACACGUAAAGGAUCAGGUGCAAUCAACAUAAAAUUACCAUACCAAGGCAGUGCCGCUGGUGUCAGUUAUGAAGUUAGAGGAAUGGAUACCAAAGAUUUCUUAUGCAUAUGCAAUAGUAAAAUUAAGAUUGACCAAGUUGGACUUCUUGAGGAUGUUAGCAACAGUGCUUUCUCUAAGACAGUCCAGCAGUUGUCAGAACUGAAAUCUGAUGGAAAUAAGUACCCUCCUGCCUUAGAUCCACUGAAAGAUCUGAAGAUGAAAGAUUGGAAUCUUGUGGAGGCAUACAAAAAGUGGACUAGCCUGUUGCAAAAGAUGGCAGUGAAUAAAUGUCAUGGUUGUAUAAAAUUGGAGGAGCACAUUGCCUUGGCAAGAGAGCUGAAGAAGCAUAAAGAUGAAAUUGAUAACCUAAGAUUUCAAAUGUCAGAUGAAGCACUGCAACAGAUGCCAGACUUUCAGGGCAGGAUGGAUGUUCUAAAGGAAAUUGGUUGUAUCGAUGCUGACCUCGUUGUUCAAAUUAAAGGCCGAGUUGCUUGUGAGAUGAAUUCAGGGGAGGAGUUGAUAUGCACAGAGUGUUUAUUUGAGAAUCAACUUGAUAACCUGGAACCAGAAGAAGCUGUGGCAAUAAUGUCAGCCUUUGUGUUUCAGCAGAGGAAAACUUCUGAGCCUUCUCUAACUCCCAAACUAUCUGAAGCUAAAAAGAGACUCUAUGAUACAGCAAUAAGGCUUGGAGAGCUUCAAGUCAACUGCAAACUACAGAUAAGCCCUGAAGAGUAUGCACAGGAAAAUCUGAAGUUCGGUCUUGUAGAAGUAGUUUACGAGUGGGCAAAGGGAACUCCAUUUGCUGAUAUCUGUGAGCUUACUGAUGUUCCUGAAGGCUUGAUAGUGCGAACCAUUGUCAGACUGGAUGAGACAUGUCGCGAGUUUAGAAAUGCUGCUGCUAUUAUGGGUAAUUCUGCACUCUACAAGAAAAUGGAAGCUGCAUCCAAUUCGAUAAAACGUGACAUAGUUUUUGCAGCUAGCUUAUACAUUACGGGAGUAUAAUUAUGCCAACACUCUUCAUGUCUAACAUAAGUACACAACGGAUUCAUACUUGUUAAUGAAGCCAUUAUGUUAUAUUAGUCAAUGGCUAUUCCUAAUGAAAGCUUUUAGCUUUUUUUUCUUU